GUCAAUUGAUUUCACAGUGGCGUGAGCGACAGGCGAUACAACAAUACAACAGCUGAUCACUUACCGGUGACAAAACUGCAUCAUAUCGAACGAUUGACGUUUUUGAGGUUGACCGAUCAAUGUCAGUCAAAAUGGAUGAGACUUUUCGUUGUGUUACUUGCACAGCCCCUGUAAAUAUAGCCGUGAUCAAGUACUGGGGUAAACGAAAUGAGAAGCUGAUUCUGCCGACAAAUCCUUCCUUGAGUGUCACACUGGGACAGGAUGAGUUGCGAGCAAAGACCUCUGUGGCUUUCAGUUCCAAAUAUACAGAAGACAGGAUGUGGCUGAACGGAAAGGAAGAGUCAGUUUCCAGUCAGAGGAUUCAGAAUGUUCUCAAAGAAGUGCGAAGACGGGUUCGCAAGCGCGGAGCACCAGGGGGAGGUAAUGAAGUGGACACGUCGCGACACAUACACAUUGUCUCGGAGAACAACUUCCCCACCGCAGCUGGUCUAGCUUCCUCUGCUGCGGGCUACGCAUGCCUUGUGUACUCUUUGUGCAAGCUGUACGGAGUUCAAGGAGAAAUUUCUGACAUCGCCCGGCAAGGCUCGGGCAGUGCGUGUCGCAGUAUCUAUGGUGGUUAUGUGCUGUGGAAAACUGGCGACCUCAUGGAUGGGACGGAUUCGUUCGCCGAGCAGGUGGCCCCGGAGUCUCACUGGCCCGAGAUGCGGUCUCUCAUCUGUGUGGUGAGCGACCAGAAGAAGCACGUGGGCAGCACGGAGGGCAUGCAGACGACGGUACUGACCAGUGAGCUCAUGCAGCACCGCGUGGACGGGGUGGUCAGUCAGCGGACGGAUGACAUGAUCGAGGCCAUCAUGGCUCGCGACUUUCCCACCUUUGCAAAGAUCACAAUGCAGGAGAGUAACCAGCUCCACGCGGUGUGUCUAGACACGUACCCUCCCAUCUUCUACAUGACAGAUACGUCCCGUCUCAUCGUGAGGCUGGUGCACGCUAUCAACGACGUUCUGGGAGACAUCAAGGUGGCUUACACGUUUGAUGCGGGCCCAAACGCGUGUCUAUACUUGCUGAAGGAGGAUGUUCCUCGUGUCAUGGGACUACUGCGGCACUUUUUCCCACCGGCUCAGAGAAAUGGAGAGCCGUUCGUGACCGGUCUGCCAGUGGACGAGCUGCCAGUCACAGAGAGCGACCUGGCAGGCAUCAGCUUGCCUCAGAGUGAAGGAGCCAUCAAGUACGUCAUCCACACCAAGGUUGGGCCGGGGCCUCAGGUGGUGACUGACCCCAGCGAGUCGUUGAUCGACGCCGACGGCAGCCCCAAGCAGAAGAGCAGCUAGUCUUGACUACUCCGCUAGUUUUUCUACCAGCAAACCGUUCACGUACAACUACUGUGUUUAUGUUCUUCUGUAUGUCUGUCCAUUUCUUUUUAGAUUUGAUGAGCGCAAAUUGACACAGGGAAAAUCUGUUACGAGUGAAGUUGUGGGUUCGAAACUAGAGUGGCAACAACGAUCAGUUGCUUGUUCCUGCUACUUUUCUUGUAACUUUGUUUUCUCGUGAAAUAAUGCUCGUAUUUUGAUGACUCGUAUACGUACACUGAACAGCAUUUUGUAAUCAAAUGAAAUGUAUUAAACAUUGAGUUCAGCAGAAUAGAAGUGGUUCUUGUGUGAAAGAUUGAACGUUUUGUUUUCUUGUGAGGUUCUAAAAGGGUAUUGCAAGAAAGAUUCUUGUCUUGAAUGUGAGAUAAUGUUGGAAGUAACUUGUUUGUUGUGAAGAAGAUUGUGAGUUUCUCUGUGGUGAGAGAACUACAUGAGAUGAUAUCGGUGAAUUGCAUUUUGAUGUACAGUAGAUGUAGCAUGUGUUUGUGAGUUAGAAUUGAUUUUCUUUGAAUCUUUUCUAUGCCAGGAAUUUAGAUUGAAGAAGCAGGAAA